UAAAGGAGAGAUUGCUGUGCCAUGCGAUCAUAGGGAAGCAGUCUGGAAAAGAACGCAUCAUGAAGGUUGAUGUCACUUGUGAAUUCAUCGCGCCAGUUCUGCAGAUUUCCUCCAGAGCAGUUACUUUCCAUGUGGAGAAGAACCCCAGUGAUCUUUUGACCGCACAGUACAAGCCUCUGUUCUUGAAGAAUGUUUCAUCUUUGCCACUCAGGGUUGUCCUUUCUUUGCACGAGCCCUUUGCCCUCUGUGAUGCGAAUCACAAAAAGAUUCCAGCUCCUGAGCAGCCUUUAAAGAUGGAUAUUGGAGAGAUACAUCAUCUUUCAGUCAGGUUUAACCCCGCCUAUAGAGAUGACCUUUGUAGUCGAGUAUCAGAAGAGAUUCUCGUUUUGCGUUACUUGGAGCAUCCUCAUGUGGACUAUGUCGAUCUCCGGGGAGAAGUGCAUUUUCCAAACCUCCACUUCCAAACAAUGGAUCUCAAUUUUGGCUGCAUCUUGAAUGACACAGAAGUUAUCCAUGAGAUCAGUAUGAGCAACUACAGUCCCCUUCUUAUCAAAUAUCGCUGGUCCUUCCUGACAGAUGACCGUGAAUCCUUUAUCAGAUUCAGCUCUGAAAACAUUCGGCCUCUUCGUGCCCAGAAAAGGACAGAAGAGCAGGAGAUCCUGAAGCCACCACAAAGCCCCCCAAGGUGCAAGAUUCACAAGGAUUCCAUCAGAAAAACAGCUGGAGAAGAAAAUACCAGCUGUGCAAGUGGAGAAGAGAUUUCUGUUAAAGAACAUGUUAAAGAACCUGUGAAUGAUGUACAGAGUAUGCCUGAGAUACAGUUAUUUUUGCAAACUUCUGAAGUAGACCAGGAGGCUCCAGAGAAGAACCAGGCAGGAAUCCAAGAAGUCCUGUGGUGUACAGAGUCAGAGGAACCACACUUGACAGGCGUGGAAGAAGUUUUUGACAUCCUGCCACUAUAUGGAACAUUGCAGCCAAACGAGACCCAGCAAAUGUCAUUUACUUUCUACGGCCAUGCCAACAUUGUUGCUUGUGUCAAAGCACUCUGUGAAGUAGAGGGAGGCCCCACCUAUGAAAUUCUGCUGCGGGGUGAAGCCUCGCUUGUUCACUAUGUGUUUGACCAAAAGGAAAUUGAUUAUGGGCUCCAGCCCUUUGACCACAUCUGUAUGGCUGAGAUCAUUCUGAAAAACAAAGGAAAAGUUGGAUUUGAAUACUCUGUACUUGAUGCCAUCCAGGCCUCAGCUGACAACCCACCCCCUGGUGUGCCACUGACUCUACCUGCCACUAAUUAUAUUGACUCAGGAAAAGAGCAAAUAUUGAAGGUCUAUUACCUACCAGGAGUCCCAGAGGUCUUUCAGAGAACCUUCCAAAUACAGGUGGCUCAUCUGGAACCAGAUAGUAUCACUCUGAAAGGACAGGGUGUUUUCCCUAGAAUUUGCUUGGAUCUGCCCAGAAAUAUUCGUGGAAAUGAGCGGUACAGCAGCAUCCUCAAAGAAGUGAAGCAGCGACUAGAGCAGGAAACACAGAAAGAUUUCACCAGUAAUUCCGAAGCAUUGGCCACUGAACCACCUAUGGAAGAAUCCUUCACCAUGCUCGACACACAACUGCAGUUGGAAUUGGAAAGGCUGCUUGUUCAAGAGCACUCUCUGGAGCAGCAGAAGCUGCUGGCCUCUGUUUCAGCAGAUGACCCUGCUGCCUGUCAGCGAGCUCGCCGGAAACUGGUCAAAGCCCAACUACCUGAGUAUAUCUUAGAUUUUGGCUACAUAAUCAUGGGCACCAUCAGAACUCACAUCAUCAAGAUCACAAACACCGGCCACUUCCCUGUCUCCUUCCAUGCAGAUCGACGGGACCUACGGGACACAGGUUUCAAUACUGAACUGGAUCGUGUGAAGAAUCUACCUUUCUGUGAGACAGAGACGUUCGAAAUAUGGUUUGACCCCCAGAGUGUCGGCUGUGCCCUUGGAGAGACAGAAGUGUUGUUGCCCAUCAAGGUUGUUGCUGGUCCCACAUUCCACAUCUCUCUUCGGGCAACGGUGAUCAUGCCAUCUCUCUGCAUGUCCAGUGACAAUCUGGAGUUCUCUGCUGUCCAGUGUGGACAGUGCCAGGUAGAGACCAUACAGCUUCACAAUCAACUGCAGGUCGUAUGUGAGUGGUUUGCCACAAGCAAUGAACAAAUGAAAAAGGUGGAUAAGCACAUGCCGAUGACCUUGCGCCGGAAAAUGCGGGAACACAAGGUGAAGCCCCAUGUCUUUGAGAUGAUUCCCCCAUAUGGGAUCCUGGGUCCCGGAGAGCGGCUCAACGUGCAGGUCAAGUUUGCCCCAAGAGAAGAGAAAUUAUACCACAAUGUCCUGAUCUUGAGCAUUUCACAGAGCACUCAGCAACUGCUGCUGAAUGUCUCUGGGCAAGGCCUGGAGCCACGUCUUGAAUUCAGCCCCUCCCUCCUGGAACUGGGGCCUCUCCUUCCCUAUGGCGUUGGAGAUGAAGCUGAAGUGGUAGUGAAGAACCCUUGCAGCUUCCCUAUUGAGUUCUACUCCUUAGAAUUUGACCAGCAGUAUCUUCUAGAAGAGCGGAUUUUGCGGAUGCUGAAGGGCUACGAUAACCACCAUAUCCUUCUGCUGCCUCCUCGCAUGCCUGGAGAGAAGCUGCCUCUCGAGGUGCUGGAAUAUUUUGAGGAACAAAAGAAGAUUCAAGGCGACCCGGAAGGAUUGAAUCUGGAUAAUGAGGAAGAAGAAAGCACUCACUUUUCUGAACAUGGAAUGAAGCCUCACUCUUCGGUUAUGCAAGCACCAGCCAUGGGGGCCCCUGCUCUUCCUUCUCUGUCACUCAUGGACAAUAAUCGGACACUCCAGGCAGAAUCCAAAAUUGAUCAGGAGGAAGAAGAGGAAGAAGAGGGAACUGAAAAAGGUCAAGGUCAAGGGAGUCAACAAAGUCUCAACAAGCAUAAGGAAGCGGUUGGAGAGCUAGACAACAAUCCUGUUUCUAAAGCCAUUGCUCGCCAUCUUGGCAUCGAUAUCUCUCCAGAAGGACGCGCUGCCAGAAAUCGUAGGGGUAUUGCUAUUAUAAUUCACGGAGCUCCCCUUACAGGGAAGACUAGUGCUGCUGUAGUCCUGGCCAAACACUACAGUUCAGCUUGCUUGUCCAUUGACUCGGUGGUCCUGGAAGCCAUCUCUGAUGGGAGCAGUUCAGCAGGGCUUCGUGCACGUGAACUCUGCAUCCGAGCUGCUAUUGAGCAGGCACAGCGCGAGAACGAGGAUGGUGGUCCAGAGGGACAGCCGGGACUUGCUCUGGGCACCCGGCUGAGCAUCGAUGCUUUGGCCAAGCACACCUCGAAUGGCAGCCAGCAGAGCUCCGAGUCCAAGACAGGGCCCCUCUCCAACAUUUCCCGGGGCUACCGAGGAAGCACUGCCACGGCCAAAGGAAAGUUGGAAAGCCAUUUGUCCCUGAAACAGCAGCAGCAGCAGCAGCAGCAACAGCAGCAGCAACAACAACAGCAGCAGCAGCAACAGCAGCCGGAUCAGCCUGGAUCCCAGGUACCCUCCAGCCCUAUUCCCAGCGCCCCCCUCCAGCGACGCCUGAGUGUCAGUGCCAGUGGAAUUGGGGAUUAUGGUCUGAUGAGUUGCGUGCUUCCAGAUGAGCUUUUGGUGGAGAUUCUUUCAGAGAGGAUGCAGCUGAGUGAUUGCUAUCGUGGUAUGGUGUUCGAUGGGUUGGAAACUAUGUUUGCCCGCAGCAUGGUAUCAGCGCUCCUCUGCCUGCUUAAAGCAAUCAACAACCGGCGGUAUAUUUAUUUCGUGAACCUCUUUCAGGAUUUUGCUGCUAUGAAAGCUAGAGAGAUAAGCAAGCAAGAGCAGGAAGAGCGGGAACAGCAGGAAGCGGUUGCAAGAGAGAAGGCUCGUCUUCAGGAAAUGGAUGAAGAGGAGUAUGAUGCUCUUACAGAAGAACAAAAGGUCCAAUUUGACAAUGAGCUGUUGCAGGCCUUACGGGAGAGAAAAAGAAGGGAGCUGGAGAAGCUAGCUCGAGAGCUGGAGGAAAAGAAGCAUCAACAAGAACUGGAGCGCCUGCGGGAGGAGGAGGAGGUGAAGAAGAAGUCCAAGCGAUAUAAGAAGGAUGGGGGCAAAGAGAAAGAAGAGGCAGUAGGGAAAAAAGGCCAGCAAGGAGGCAAGCAGAAUCCCACCAUAUCAGCUUACAAAUCAGAAGGGAGGCUGAAUGAAGGGCUUGAGCGAAAAGGUUCUGCAAAGGAGCGUCCAGAUGUGAACUUCAAUGACAAAGAUGAGAAGAAAAAGAAGAGCAGAAUGGCCCUGCAGAAUGGGCAGCCAGGUGCAGCGCCCCCUGCAGCCCAGGAAGAAGAGGAAGCAGAAAAGGACAUGAGCGAGAGUGAGAAGAGCUUGGCACAGCGGUUCAAGCUGUAUGAGGCCAGCCAGAAGGAGAUCGGUCAGAUCCUGGUGUUCUGGGACAGGGUCCAGUUGGUCCAGCUGCAGCCACCAGGCUCAGAGGAUAAGCAGGAGGAAGCUGAGGAUCAGCGCCAGGCUCCGUCCGGUCGUAAAGGCAGGAAGGACCGGGAAAGAGAGCGCCAGGAGAGGCUGGAGAAGGAGCGGGCAGAGAAGGAGCGCUUGGAGAAGGAGAAAGCAGAGCGGGAACGCCUGGAAAAGCUGAAGGCCAUGGAGGACAGCAGAGCUGCUGGACUGGAGGGAGAAGGGGGAGAAGGUACAGAGAGAGACAUUGGCAUCCCCUCUCUGGAAAUCCAUGUCCUCAGUUCCGAGGAGUCCAGUGGCAAGCGGAUCCUGGAAAGUGGCAAACUGCCCAGGGUUAUCCAGAUUUUGAAUGGUUUGGGGCUGGGCCCUUCAGGACCACCCAUUCCUCCCACUGCCUUUUUCUCAGUGAUCCCAUACCCCGAAAAGCGACCAGCACAAGUUGCCUCAGAAGCUCUCAAGCAUUUCACCUUCAUCAUUCCUGAAGAACUGAAUCCAGAGGAGGACAAAAAGGAGGGUGAGAGUGGUGUGGAGACUCCAGCGAGUCUCCCUGCGGCAAAGGAGGAUCUGGCCACCCCGACUCGAGGCAGGUCCAGGAAGGAGAAACCUGAGGUCUCCCGGGAAGCCCCAAAGGAAAAGAAAGCUGCUCCUCGCAACAGAAAAGGCAUCCACCUCAGCCCCGGCACAAUGACAACGCUGUCUGAGCUUGAUCAGGGCAGCCCCACUGCAGAGACCUCCAGUGAGAAGCUGCUCAGGUUGAACUGCUUUCGUUGGAUUGUCCCUGCUAAUGGGGAAGUUUCGAUGCGCAUCCAUUUCUCUUCCACCAAAACAGGACUCUUUGAUCAGGUCCUAAAUUUUGAAAUCCUUGGAACUCGGAGACAGUAUCAGGUGUGCUGCAGGGGCACCUGCACAUACCCCACCAUUUGCCAGGAUCCCACGAUAGUGUUCCCACACCGUAAGAAGACUAUCAAACCUGAUGAAAUUGUGUACAAGAAAUACAUCCUGAGCUUGGGUAUAUUCCACUUUGGUCCCUUGCUUUGUGGCAAAUCAAGAGAAAGGUACAAGGCUUCGCGAUAUCCCAACCACUUAGAAAAGCUCACCAUUCUCAACAUCUCCCCUUUGGAGGUCGAAGUACAUUUCUUCUUCCAGCAUGACUCCAGGGCAGUCACCUACCUAUUGGAUCCGCCCAUGCUGAUGCUGAAGCCAAACCAGAAGCAAGUGUUGACAGUCUGGGCUUAUCCAACAGCGGCUGGGGUCUUUGAAGACUGCAUCGUCUGUUGUGUGAAGGAGAACCCAGAGCCGGUCAUCUUCCGGAUCUGCUGCCAGGGGGUUCGCCCAGAAGUGGAGCUGGACCGCCGACAGCUGCAUUUUGAGAAGUUGCUGCUGCACAGGAAGGAAACAAAAUCACUUUACCUAAAGAACGUGACUCCCCUGCCAGUCGCCUGGCGGAUCAGCGGCCUGGAGAACAUUGGCGAUGACUUCUGUUUGUCCGAGGAUAUCGGCAUCAUUGAGCCCUUCACUGAACACUGCCUGCUGGUCAACUUCAAGGCCACAAAGGCCCUCAACCUCAAGAAGGCUAUCCGGCUAGAGGUUUCUGAUGCAGAAAAUAUUCUGGGGAUUGUUCAGAUUGAGAAUAUACAGAUUGUUGCUGAGGCCUAUGAUGUGGCCCUGGACAUCAGUUUCCCCAAGGGAACAAAUGGUGGUUUGGAAUUUGGGAUUGUCAGAGUUAUGGAUGAAGCUAAGCAGAUGUUAUCCAUGAAGAACAAAGGCAAAUACGAGAUUGCUUUCAGGUAA